GCGUUUGACAGUGUGUGAGUAAGAAGUCGUUAUCUCCUCUACAAAUAAAACUGUGUUUUUCUUCAUUUCCUAAACAACCAGCGGCAAUUCGUCCACACAACUUUGACAGUGUUUUCCCCACUUAUUUUCUCGUGGGGCCAGGCCCUGAAAUCUUAAAAUGGCUGCUUUGGUGCCAAAGUCGAAGAGAAAAAAGCACCUGAAACAUGUCCCGCAGAAAGUGAAGCUUUUCAGGGCUAGCGAGCCGUUGCUGAGUGUGCUAAUGUGGGGUAUCAACAGUACGAGUAAUGAAUUAAGCCAUGUGACCAUCCCAGUCAUGCUGCUACCGGAUGACUUCAAAGCCUACAGCAAGAUGAAAGUAGACAAUCACCUGUAUAACAAAGAAAACCUACCGAGCCACUUCAAAGUCAAAGAAUACUGCCCUCUGGUGUUCAGGAAUCUAAGGGAACGCUUCAACGUCUCGGACCUCGACUAUCAGAAUUCCUUUGUUUCUUCCGCCCCGUCUUACGACGACUCCUCCGGCAAGAGUGGCUCCAAGUUCCUCAAGACGCACGAUGGCAAAUUCUUCGUCAAGACGAUCACGCGGGAGGAGGUUGAGCUUCAGUUUAACAUCCUCGCGGAGUACCAUAAGUACAUCGUUGAAUCCCACGGUGAAACCUUACUACCGCAGUAUCUAGGCAUGUACCGGCUGACGGUAGACGGCACAGAGACCUACAUGGUGGUCUUAAGAAGCGUCUUCAGCUCCAGUCUACCUGUCCACACAAAGUAUGACCUGAAGGGCUCCACGAUAGACAGACAAGCCAGCGAUAAAGAAAAGGAUAAGGAACUACCCACCUUUAAGGACAAUGAUUUCUUGAGUGAAAACAAGAAGUUAUACAUCGGCAAGGAAGCUAAGGACAAGAUGUUGGCUAAACUCAAGAAAGACAUUGAGUUCCUCGCCGAGCUGAAGCUGAUGGAUUACAGUCUCUUGGUUGGCAUCCACGACUGCGAUCGCUACGAGGUCGAGCAGCACGCAGAGAACAACGACGAGAACGGCGAGGAGGAAGACUCCGGCAGCGGGGGCGCUCUGACGCCUCCAGACAGCCCAGGACCAAUCACGAGGCAACACCACCUGUCCAGCGGGGAGUAUGAGUUUGACUCCACCCAGGACGUGUACGCUAUUCCAUGCCAUGAAAGUUCUCCAAGAAAUGAGGUGUACUUCAUGGCACUUAUAGACAUCUUGACGCACUGGGGAGCAAAGAAGAAAGCUGCACAGGCAGCAAAGACAGUUAAACAUGGGGCUGGUGCCGAAAUAUCCACAGUUAAACCAGAGCAGUAUGCCAGGAGGUUCCUGGACUUCAUAGAAAAAGUAUUAGACUAAAAAGGUAACAACAGUAAAUAUACAACUAUCAACUUUGAUGUAAUCUAGCUGUUUAUCGGGGCCAACGUCACAAACCUUUCUCUCUGCUAGUCGCGUGAUGAGCAGGUUUUUUAAAGAAAAGCUAACACGCUUAUUUCAUGAGAGGUUUACCACAAUUUGCUAAGCAGAAACAUGAUACCAGCCUUAUACAUUAAAUAUGACAUACACUCAUGCUGGUUGCCUCUGGUAACCAUCUGAUUUUUUGCUUAACUAAAAGCUUGUUGAGGAACAUUCUCAGCUAAGCAUCUCUACGAAAUAGGGUGAGGGUUUUGAUGAGUCUUGUACAUCCUGGGGUCGAUUUCACAGAGUUAGGACUAGUCCUAAGUUAGGACUAGUCCUAGGAGAUAUACAAAUUGCAUG